UGGGCGCGCGGCGGGCGAUGCCGGGGCCCGGGCCCCGCGCGGACGAGGGCGGCGGCGGCGGCGAGGGCGCGGGGCCGGGGCGGGAGCCGGCGCGCCUGUGCGGCUACCUGCAGAAGCUGUCGGGCAAGGGGCCGCUGCGCGGCUACCGCAGCCGCUGGUUCGUGUUCGACGCGCGGCGCUGCUCGCUCUACUACUUCAGGAGCCCGCAGGACGCGCUGCCGCUCGGCCGCCUGGACAUCGCCGACGCCUGCUUCAGCUACGACGGCCCCGACGAGGCGGCCGAGCCCGGCGCCGAGCCGCCCGCGCACUUCCAGGUGCACAGCGCGGGCGCCGUCACGGUGCUCAAGGCCCCCAACCGCCAGCUCAUGACCUACUGGCUGCAGGAGCUGCAGCAGAAGCGCUGGGAGUACUGCAACGGCCUGGACAUGGUCAAGUGGGGCGGCCGGACCUCCCCCACCCCCGGGGACUGCUCCCAGGGCCUCGUGGCCAGGGGCGCCCCAGACUUCCUGUACCCACAUCCCAACGCUUCCGCCGAAAAAGCCCGGAACAUCCUCGCCGUGGACGCGGCCCCCGGAGAGCUGGUGGGAGAGCAGGCCGCGAGCCAGCCGUCCCCGGGGCCCCCCAACUCCAUCAACUUCUCUCUGAAGCAGUGGGGCGCCGAGCUCAGAAACUCGAUGUCUUCCUUCCGCCCGGGACGGGGCCACGAGGGCCGGAAGAGCGUGUUCUACACGCACGAGGAGUGGGAGCUCCUGGACCCCAGCCCCAAGGACCUGGAGGAGUCGGCGACGCUGGAGGAGAGGCGGAGGCCGGCGCCGGAGGGGAACAGAGGAGGCGCCGGCUCGGGGUUCCUCUUCGAUCUGGGCCGUGUCCCCUACAAAGGCAAGCGCCCCCUGAAGGACAUGAUCGGGUCGUACAAGAGCCGCCACAGCAGCGGGGACCCGGCCCCCGAGGGGACGCCGGGGGCGCCGGGCGCGGGGGGCGCCAGCUGGGCCUCGGACCCGGACACGCAGCGGCAGCUGCAGAGCCAGCGGGAGGAGCUGGAGCGCCUGCGCAAGGACCUGUCCAGCCAGAAGGAGCUGGUGCGGCUGCUGCAGCAGACGGUGCGCUCCUCGCAGUACGACAAGUACUUCGCCAGCAGCCGGCUGUGCGACGGGGCCCCCCAGGACACGCUGGCGCUGCUGCACCAGAAGGACGACCAGAUCCUGGGCCUGGCCCGCCAGCUGGACCUGCUGGGCCUGGAGAAGGAGAGCCUGCAGCAGGAGGUGCGCACGCUGAAGGCCAAGGUGGGCGAGCUGAGCGAGCAGCUGGGCAUGCUCAUGGAAACCAUCCGCGCCAAGGACGAGGUCAUCAUCAAGCUGUCGCGGCAGCUCAGCGAGGGCGAGGGCCGCGCCGCCUCCCCCACCCCGGCGCCCGGCUCCCCCACCGCCUGCAGGGACCAGCAGGAGCUGGACAGGCUGAAGGAUAACCUGCAGGGGUACAAGACCCAAAACAAAUUUCUCAACAAGGAAAUCUUGGAGCUCUCGGCGCUGCGGAGAAAUGCGGAGAGGAGAGAGAGGGACUUGAUGGCCAAGCGAGUACGACAUCUACGGGUUCCGGACGGUCCCCGAGGACGACGAGGAGGAGAGGCUGGUGGCCAAGGUGCGGGCGCUGGACCUCCGGGGCCUGUCGCUGGCCGAGAACCAGGAGGUGUCCACGGGGGUCAAGUGGGAGAACUACCUGGCGGGCACCAUGACGCGGGAGAUGGCGCGCUCGCCGGAGCUGAAGGGCCUGGUGCGGGCGGGCAUCCCGCACGAGCACCGGUCCAAGGUGUGGCGGUGGUGCGUGGACCUGCACACGCGCAAGCUGCGGGAGGGCGCGGCGCCCGGCUACUUCGCGGGCCUGCUGAAGGCGGCGCUGGGGAAGCAGAACCCGGCCUCGCAGCAGAUCGAGCUGGACCUGCUGCGCACGCUGCCCAACAACCGGCACUACGCCGGCCCCGCCUCCGAGGGCAUCCAGCAGCUGCGCAACGUGCUGCUGGCCUUCUCCUGGCGCAACCCCGACAUCGGCUACUGCCAGGGCCUCAACAGGCUGGUGGCGGUGGCCCUGCUGUACCUGGAGCAAGAGGACGCCUUCUGGUGCCUGGUCGCCAUCGUAGAGGUGUUCAUGCCAAGAGACUAUUACACCAAGACUCUCCUGGGCUCCCAGGUGGACCAGCGGGUGUUCCGGGACCUGAUGGGCGAGAAGCUGCCGCGGCUGCACGCGCACCUGGAGCAGCACAAGGUGGACUACACGCUCAUCACCUUCAACUGGUUCCUGGUGGUGUUCGUGGACAGCGUGGUCAGCGACGUGCUCUUCCGGAUCUGGGACUCCUUCCUGUACGAGGGGCCCAAGGUCAUCUUCCGCUUCGCCCUCGCGCUUUUCAAGUACAAGGAGGAGGAGAUCCUGAAAUUGCAAGACUCCAUGUCCAUCUUCAAGUACCUCCGCUACUUCACCCGCACCAUCCUGGACGCCCGGAAGCUGAUCGGCAUCGCCUUCGGGGACCUGAACCCAUUCCCGCUGCGCCAGAUCCGCAACCGGCGGGCCUUGCACCUGGAGAAGGUGCGGCUGGAGCUGACGGAGCUCGAGGCCAUCCGCGAGGACUUCCUGCGGGAGCGCGACGCCAGCCCCGACAAGGGCGCGCUGGUCAGCGACGAGGAGGACACCUGAGCGCCCCGCGGGCCGGACCCCGGACCCGGGACCCCCGCCGGUGCCGAGCCGCGCCCCUCCCACGCCCGCGGCCGGGGCCUCUGUUUACAGCCUCUCCCGCCACGCGCUCCGGCCCACGCGUCCCGGCCCGCGUCCUGCCGUCGGUCCGCGCCUCCCAAGGGCCUGUUUACAGCGUGUGGGGUCCGCACCCCGAGAACCCCGGCGUGGGCCGCCUCCCGUGCGGGCGCGGGGCUCCCAGACUCGCAGGCCGGAGCGUGGCUGCCUCCGUGGCCUGAGGUCCGAGCGAAGAAGCGACUCCCCUUGUUGAGAAGCGGCCUGGGGGGCCCCUCUGCAGACACCACGCACCCCGACUCCUCCCCGGCGGCGGCCGGUCGGUCGGUCGGCAGGCGCCCCGAGUCCUGAGGACGCUCCGUGCGUUUCAGUCUGGACUCAGAGGGGACGGGAUUCCGGGGGGCCUGGCUCCCGUCCUGCAGGCGGGCACCCCGCAGCCUCGGUCAGGGGCGCAGGGCGCGGGGAGGCCGGGGUGCGGCCCGUUUCCCUGGCGGUUCGCGCCCCAGGAGGCGCGCACGCAGAUCAGGGCGACGCGUGCGACUUGAAGACGCACUUUCUCUCUGGUUGGGUGUUUGGGGGGGUCCCCCGCCCCCCGCAGCCAUCGCCACGUGCCGGGCCCUCACUGCGCGGAGGCAGCUGGGCUCCGUCCACCCACCGCCCUCGCCUCCCCAAAGGGGCCGGACGUGGGUUUGCGCGCUGGGAGCAGGGGGUUGAGGCCGGCUUCCGGGGGCUGCCUGUGAGGCGGGGCUGGGGGGGCAGCCCCCCUGCUCCCUGCCCCCCCCCCCCC